CGGGUUCUGUGUUUGAAACGCAAAAAUUAGCAGCUCUCAAAGUGCAGUACGGCUGGAACACAAACAUGCGCCUAAAGCAUUUGCGUGCUCAAAAUGGUCAGCUGGAAAGCGGCUUAUGCUUAUGGCACCUAUUGGCCGCGAUUACCAAAAACGAGGUCGAUAAACAAUCCUUAUAGUAGUGUGUAUUAUCCUUGGGUGUGUAGCACAGAGCACCUUUAAAAAUCUUCACGGCUUGGCCCGAUCAUAUUUUCCGUAAACACCUUUUUUUUUCUUGCUUUUCACUUCGUCACGUCAACAGUGAACAGUCAAACUUCAAAAUUUCAGGUUAGGAUUAGGAUUUAUCAAUCAUCAUUUAUUUACAAAUUAAAGAAAAAAAAACCAAGUCAUUUUUGCUUAUUUGCAUUUGUUCAAAAUUUUUCCUAGUUACUCCUGUAGUUUAUUUGAGACUCAAUGGCAGACUAUUUUUCGGAAAUGAACUUUCAAGAGCUCAGAGAUGGUGAACGACCAAAUGAUUAUCUUCAUUUGAUUCGAUUAUUGAGGGACUAUAGGAUGUUUGAUGAGUUGCGCUCUUUAAAUGGUGAAAGACUUGCCCCUCCUGCUUCUAAAGCGGCUGUGGAAGCACUAAGCAAUGAAUCUAUUACUCAGACAGGAUUGCAAUGUCCUGUUUGUUUGAAGGAAUAUUGCAAAGGUGAAACUGUAAAAAAGAUGCCCUGUAAGCACACAUUUCAUCCGGAAUGCAUCCUUCCUUGGCUCUCAAAAACAAAUUCUUGUCCCUUGUGCCGUGAUGAACUUCCCACAGACGAUGAAGACUAUGAAGAGGAAAAAAAGGAAAAGAAAAGGGCUGUAGAAAGGGUGGCGGAUAUAGAAAAUUUACAUAAUAGUAUGUUUUCAUAAUAACAUGUUUAUAAAAUUCAUUAACAGAUUAGAAAUCUGUUCUUAUUUGAUUCCUGAAAGUUUAGUUUAUAUUUUAUAUAGUUUAUUUUAUCUAAUGUGUAGGUUACUAUAUUGGAACGGAGAUUUACAUUUAUACCUAAAUAAUUUCUUACAUUUGUAUUUUGCAACAAAUCCCUUUAGUAUUUGUUAUAUUUGUAUAUUUUUCACUGUAAUUAUUGAAUAAAUAAAUCAUUUGAA